CAACCGAUACUUUCCGCCGCCCAUCUCUAACUGCACAAGCCAAAUCUUUUAUUUUCCCUGGCUGAGUUUCACGUUUUUCCCGAAAAUUUGACCCACAGAACAAUGGAAACCACGAGCUCCAGUCCAAUAAAGCCCAGACGAAAAGACAAGGACGAAGAUGGCUGCACGGAGGAGGAUAAUUCCAAGGACCAAGGAGGCGAGCCGCAACGAAAGAUCCUGCGGUUGGCAGACGCUCCCGAGGCGAAGGAAGUGUUUCUGAACGAAACCUACCAGCAGCCGGAAGUUACGCAGUGGCUGCAGAAGACCUGGACGGCGGGCAAGACCCAAGAAAUAAAGGAGGAACACACGGGGGCACAGGUGUUUGCCGAUCCCUUCCAAAUAUGCCUGCUUCCCGGCAUGCUGAAACAGGGUCAAAGCCAGGCGCUGGUCGCCGAGAUCAUCCAGAAGGUGCAGUGGUCGCGCAAGCAGAUGGACCUGUAUGAGUUCUACCAGAGCACCGAUCUAUCCAAUAUGCCCACUUGCCGACUGCUGACCAACUUCCUGCAGGUACUUCGCAAGCAAGUGCGUCCCUGGCUGGAGAAGGUGACCAACCUUAAGCUGGAUUAUGUGUCUGCCUCCUGCAGCAUGUACACCUGCGGCGACUAUCUGCUCGUGCACGACGACCUGCUUAAAGAUCGGCAAGUGGCUUUUAUAUACUAUCUUUCGCCGUGGGAGGGAGCGGAGGAAUGGACGGAGGCGCAGGGCGGCUGCCUAGAGAUCUUUGGCAGCGACGACCAGUGCUUUCCACAGUUCCCGGUGCAGCGAAAGAUUGCCCCCAAAGACAACCAGUUCGCCUUUUUUAAGGUGGGCUCGCGCUCCUUCCAUCAGGUGGGUGAAGUGACCACUUUUGACUACCCGCGGCUCACCAUUAACGGCUGGUUCCACGGCGAAACUAACGAGGCCUUCGUGGCCGAUUCACUGCGCGCCUUUCCCCGCUUGAAUUACCUGCAGCCCGAUAGCCUGAACAAGCCACCGCUCGGCCUUUUUCUGAAUAACGUGUAUCUGAAGAGCGCCACACGCCGAAGCAUUCAAAAGCGGAUAGAGGAGAAUUCCGAGAUCUGCUUGUACGAGUUCUUCAAGCGGGAAAAGUUCGAACUGGCGCGGUCGCAGCUGCUAGCGGAUUCAGACACGCUGAAGUGGUGGAGGCAGGGUCCCGCCAACGCGCACAACUAUGAAGUUUUGGAUCUGACAACUGCCAGAGGCACUAUCCUUGAAUUGAUACAGUUGUUCCGCAGCCAUGCCAUGUUCGACUUGUUGCGAGAUUUUACCGAUCUGGAUUUGGCAGGAGCUGAAGCCGAGAGACCAACUUGCAGCGUGGAGUUGCAACGCUGGUCGCACGGCAACUACACAGUGCUGGGAGACGGUUUGGCCGGCGAGGAGAAUACUUUGGACCUGGUCUACUACCUGAACGCGGCAGAGGGAGCAGCGGUGAUCACAUACCUCUCACCCGACGCCGAAAUGCCAGCGGGGAAAACACCGAUGGACGGCAGACAAUCGGACUACGAAGGCGAGGAAGAGGACGAUUCCGUUCUGCUCACCAUAACGCCCGUAGACAAUGCCUUGAACAUAGUGUACCGGUGCGAGGGCACCACCAAGUUCACCAAAUACGUGUCGCGCAACACGCCCCUGGAGAAGGGCCCUGUUUUUGUUAUUUCCUGCAGUUACAAGGAGUAGGCUGUGAUCUUUAACCAUAAAAAGCGCACAAUUACUCUUCAAUAUUUACAUUCAUACCGUUUUAAUGUACAGCAAAUAAUUAACAUAAUAAAAUCUAACAAAAA